CAGCAACGCCUCUUUGCUCUCACGCGCACUGCGACUCUCACUUACUACGUGUCUACGUGCGUACGUGCAACCGUGGGUUAUUUGGUAAAAUUUCUCAGAGACAGCUGGGAUAAUUAUUAAGCUGAAUUAACAUUCGUUACAUACUCUCAAAAGAUCACUAUGGAUAGCCUUAUCGACUGUCUGGAUACUGAAAAAUGGCAGGAAAUUCCUGAGGCUGACAAGUCAGGAGAUUUCCAGGAAUAUUUCAUCAACCGCAGUAAGAAGCAAGUGGACAAAACCACAAUCUGCUUCAUAAUCGAGAACGACACGUGUGCUCAGCCAAAGAAAGUGAACUUAGAGUUCUGCAAGAAGGACCCCUUCAAGCAUGUCAGCAAGUGCGAAUUCCGGCUGAGUGAUGAUGGAGCAAAAGUUACCGGACUUGACCUUGACGGUGACGUCGUUGUCCUAAAAUAAUUUUUUCAAAGUCAAAAAGAAAAACUAUAAAUUUAGUUGCAGAUGAAUCUCGAGUGGGGUUGUGUAUUAUGACAAAGGUUCCGUCCAGGAUUUGAUUUAAUUCUUUUUUUUUUUUCGUUUUCAAUUCAAUAUUUAGAUCUGUUUGAGUGUGUUUAGGAAUGCUCACACAUACACAAACACAUACACACACACACACACACACACAUACACAUACACACACACACACAAACACACACACACAUACACACACACACACAUACACACACACACAAAGCGUACUCCAAUGCAUAUAGUGACCCUCUCGUUUAAAAAUGACUUGGGCACACUCUCUGACCAGUUUGCGAAAAUGCCCGCUUUCAGGAUUAAUGAAGCGGGAGAUUUGUUUGUAUAUAAACAAAAAUUAAGGUUGAUGAAAUGUCCAAUUCCUAAGGAUAUCUUUUCCGUGAUUCUUAUUCGCAAUCUUUUUUGUGGCAAAUGGAAUUGGGAGGGAGUCUGGCAGUCUAUUCUCCAUAGGUACACAUUUAAUGAUUGGACGCCCAAAACCAUACACUGUAACGUACAACAACAAAAA